AUUAACAGUAGUGGUCGUUGGAGCAUGGCACGUCUAGUUUGCCAUAUAUGCAAACUGCAAAUAAACAAAGAUCCUAAGGUCCGAAUGAGCAAGUGGCACAUACAACCUUUGACUAAAGAGCAGCAAAUAUAUGCAGCGAUAGACGUUUAUAUAGCUCAAGUAAUUUACUACGAUCUCGAGCAGCGACAACAAGAGAAAAUCGAAAAAGAAAAGGCAUUCGUCGAAAAGUACGGAGAAGAGGCGUACAAAUUGGUGAUGAACCUAUCGUAAUCAAGCAGACGUACCAUCCACAUCUAUCCACAUUUUGUUAAUAAUGAGACUAGUGCAUAUUCUACGGGCUGGAACAUUAGACUAUGCCAAUGGACUGAAACUUCAACAAAAAAUUGCAGCACAAAUCAACGAAGCGAAUCGUUUUAAAAAUAUUUUAAUUCUUACCUCUCAUCCUCCCGUCUACACGAUUGGCAUUCGAACCACCAACUAUACCAUUAACGAUGAGGAACGACUGCGAAAACUGGGUGCUCAGUUCUUCAAAACAAACCGCGGUGGACUGAUCACAUUUCAUGGUCCCGGGCAGAUGGUCGUCUAUCCCAUACUGAAUUUAAAAGACUUCAAGCCGAGUAUGCGUUGGUACGUGUGUCACAUCGAAAAAACAAUAAUUGAUUUAUGCAAAGAGUUCGGCAUCUCGGCGAAUACAUCGGCGGACACUGGAGUUUGGGUUGGCGAUAAGAAAAUUUGUGCUAUUGGAGUGCAUGGCAGCCGAUAUAUUACCACCCAUGGCCUGGCGUUGAAUUGUAAUACGGAUUUAAAGUGGUUCGAUCAUAUUGUUCCGUGUGGUAUUGAGGGCAAGGGGGUUACAUCGGUUAGUUGUGAACUGAACCGUGACGUGAGCAUUGACGAGGUGGAGGAUCCGUUUCUUCGAAGUUUUAGUAAAAUAUUUGAAUGUCAAUUUGAGGACUUAGAUGUGGAUGAUAAAUUAAAUUUUUUGAGUUAACCGAUUCGAUUUGUUAUUGAGUAGCAUCGUUCACAGCUUUUCUGGUGAUUCGUGCCGUUGAUGGGGCGAUUCAAACUACCGAUUCUUCCAAUGGAGGAGACAUUUCCACGCUAAUUACAUCAACAAUUGCUAACCAACUUACUUACGCCACUGAAUCAUUUCCGAGUUGUCCAAAAGUGAAACCACAAAUCUGGGACUGGGUUCGUUGAAUUUUACAGAAUGUACACAACCCAGUCAAUCAAUGUUUAAAUCAAUGUAAUAUUAUAGGCUUUACAGGAACUUAAUUUACAUAAUUGCAAAUUAUAAAUGUUGGUUAAUGACGCAGUCACAAUAAGUUAGAGUUUCAAAUUAAUUCUUGUUGUGUUUUGAAUGGAGCAUUUUUUCAUAU